UGCAGGGUUGCUGUAAGGAUUCAGCAAUAAAGAAGGAUAAGGCUGGACUUCUUUAUUCUUCCAAAGGAGACAGAAAAAGGUUUUGACCAUCCAUCAAGGCCAUGCUGGAUUCCAGAUGUUUCCCACUGAGUUAGAGAUGAGCUCAGUAUGAAGUAGCUGAAGAUUACACCUGGCAGAAUGACCAAAGCACGUCUUUUUCGUCUCUCGGUGGUACUCGGCUCCAUUUUCAUGAUAUUGUUGAUUAUCGUUUAUUGGGACAAUGUAGGGACUGCACAUUUCUACCUGCACACGACCCUCUCAAGACCUCAGGGGGUUGUCCCGACCGUGGUUAAGGACAGCCCAGGUUCUUUGCUGGAUGUGGAUGACUUUUUGGAGAAACUUUUGAAUACUAAUCUGAAAAAAAACACUGAUCUUGGUCGGAAGACUGAGAAGCCACCCUUGCAUGCUUCAAGCAGGCCCAGGGCCAGCAACUUGGAGGAGAAUGUCAGAGGCUAUGACUGGUCCACCCGGGAUGCCAGCAUGAUCCUGGACCAGGAGAAGUUGCAGAAGGAGCGGCGGAAGAUGCUGCAGGACUGGUGCACUAAUUCCAGCUUCACCUUCCCGACAAAGGAACGAACGUUUGAUGACAUUCCCAACUAUGAGCUGAACCACCUCAUUGUAGAUGACCACCAUGGCAUUAUCUACUGCUAUGUCCCCAAAGUGGCCUGCACCAACUGGAAGCGGGUAAUGAUUGUCCUGAGUGAAAGCUUAAUGGAUCAAGGGGUUCCAUACAUUGACCCCUUGGACAUACCCCGCGAGCACGUCCACAAUACCACUACUCACUUUACCUUCAACAAGUUCUGGCGCCGCUAUGGCAAGUUCUCCCGCCACCUCAUGAAGAUCAAACUCAAGAAGUAUACCAAGUUCCUCUUCGUCCGGGACCCCUUCGUUCGGCUGAUCUCAGCCUUCCGCAGCAAAUUUGAGCUGGCAAACGAGGAAUUCUACCGCCGUUUUGCCAUCCCCAUGCUAAAACUCUACUCCAACUAUAGCAGCCUGCCUACGUCAGUGAGUGAAGCCUUUGAGUCGGGCUUUCGAGUAUCCUUCUCAGAUUUCAUCCAGUACUUACUGGACCCUCGGACAGAAAAGUUGGCCCCCUUCAAUGAGCACUGGAGGCAGGUGUACCGCCUAUGUCACCCAUGCCAGAUAGAGUAUGACUUUGUUGGAAAACUGGAGACCUUGGAUGAAGAUGCCACUUACUUGUUGCAGCUUCUCAAGGUGGACCAUCUUCUCCACUUCCCUCCCAGCUACCGGAACAGGACAGCCAACAGUUGGGAGGAAGACUGGUUUGCUAAAAUCCCCAUGGCGUGGCGACAGCGGUUGUAUAAACUGUAUGAGGCAGAUUUUGUACUUUUUGGGUAUCCUAAACCAGAAAACUUGCUUAAAAACUGAGCAACAGGGAGCUGGGGGAGUGUUCAGAAUUUCCAAAGAAUCCUCCUUAUUUUAUGUCCCCCCAGAUAAGAGGGUCCCGCCAGGUUGACCUACACAAGUGUACCUUUUUCUACAGCCUUUUACACAUUGCGUGGUUGUGAGCUCCUGAACCUCCCGCAGAAAAGUUCCUUUCACCUCUCCGGUUUUGUCCAGUGUGACCUCUUAUUUUGCUGUUGUGAUACAAUUGGGUUGGUUCCACAGCUGUUUUAUGUUGAUGCUUUUUCUGGGUGCAUUUAAAAAAAAUGGAAAGAAUUAAUAUAUUAAAAAUAUUUAAUACAAAACCUGCUGUGGGAAGGAAGAGCGAAAAAGCGUGUCCUCUUAAGUUGCUUCUGUUCCAUCUCCCCCCGUGGGUGGGAUACGGUAGAAAUUGCUGUGUUUUGCAGAAUCACUGGUGGUGGGGCAGCAGAAUGGUUUUCCAACUGAUCCUUGGUUGCAGCCAGGUGCGUCAUUGCUACAGGUGGAACACACACAACACUUUUAAAUACUCUUCCAGCUCUGUGAGCCAUCUAAUCUAAUGUUCUUAAUCUAGACUGGCUGAAAUUCCUUCUGUUUUUGGAGAUAGGUGGGGUAGUGUAGUGAUUGAGGUUAGGAUUAGGACAGUCUCUUUAACACAAACCUAACUCUAUAUUUGGCAACUUUGUUUUAAAACUUGGAGUCAUGGUUCCUUCAAAAUAAACUUGGGGACCUGUUGUUUUCUUGCUUGACAACCAGGAAGCCAAGGCGAUAGUGUUCCCUUGUUGUUUAAUCCCAACUAUUGGAGUUCAGUGAUGUAAUAUAUCUCUAUAUCACUGUUGGGGUUCCACAACUGAUAGUCUUCCUCUCCUCCUCCUCCUCCUCCUCCUCCUCCAUAAAGUUGUUAAUCCCUCUUCAAGUUGACCAAGGCGAUGGCUCUCA